AUGGCCAGUUCCGCGGUGGCUGUGGGACUGGCUCUGGCUGCAGCUGGAUUUGCAGGGCGGUAUGCGAUUCAGGCCUUUAAACAAGUGGAGCCGCAGAUGAAGCAGGCUCUAAAAAGCUUCCCCAACACGGCGUUCGGAGGAGGAUACUACAGAGGAGGAUUUGAACCGAAGAUGAACAAGAGAGAAGCGUCGUUAGUGUUGGGCAUCAGCCCGACUGCAAACAAGAGUAAGAUCCGAGAGGCUCACAGAAAACUGAUGAUUCUGAACCAUCCGGACCGAGGAGGAUCUCCGUAUCUCGCUGCUAAAAUCAAUGAAGCUAAAGACCUGAUGGACGGACAGAAUAAAUGA